CACAGCCAGCAAGCGAGCGGAUGAGAAAAGGAACGAGAGAGAGAGUGCAAGCGCUCGAAGUUGAGUGAGUGUGGAAGGGAUUGAAGUAGAGAGACAUGAUAAAAUAUCAAGAGGGAAAGCACGCACUACCAUGCGAGCUAAAUUUGUGACCGCUGGAAUAGAGGAUGUCAGAUUAAUGGUGACUAUCAUAACCCGUUUUCGCAGAGGAAGCUUUUCGAUUGGGACUUUGGAAGAGAGGGUCCGCGGGGAAACAUGGCCGAAGGUUAUUCUGCAAUUAUUUUCUAUUUUUUUGCGCUUACUUUUUCUUCUGAUGGUAUUGAGGGGAUCUGCGAAGGACUAUUGGUAUAGAUCCUAUAUGUUAUGUACCGCCCACGAUUAUUUCCAUGUGAAAAUAUACCUUGGGAUCUUGUUGGAGCUGUUUGUCAACGGAGGGGCGGUUAAAGGUGAGGACACGACUGCUUUAACCGCCAAGUCGGCGGAGCAGGAAGAGCGAAUUCUGCCCCAGCCUCUGUCGGGAGCAGGCCACUGCAAGUGGUUCAAUGUUCGAAUGGGGUUCGGAUUUAUAUCAAUGACCAGCAGCGAGGGGAGCCCCGUAGAUCUCCCUCUGGACGUAUUUGUCCACCAAAGUAAGCUGGUGAUGGAGGGCUUCCGCAGCCUGAAGGAGGGUGAGAAGGUGGAGUUCACCUUUAAGAAGUCCUCCAAGGGCUUGGAGUCCCUGCGGGUGACGGGGCCGGGCGGGGGACCGUGCGCGGGCAGUGAGAGGAGACCCAAAGGGAAGGCCACGCCCCAGAAGAACCGCAAACUAAAGGGUGACCGUCCUCUCUCCAGCUGUUAUAACUGUGGAGGUCUGGACCACCACGCCAAGGAGUGUGGCCUGCCCCCCCAGCCAAAGAAAUGCCACUACUGCCAGAGCAUCAUGCACAUGGUGGCCCAAUGUCCCCAAAAGGCGCUGGCACCCCCCACUGGCUCUCAGGACCACCUGUACCCCUCUCACUCGGCCCACCUGUACCCCCCCGACGAGGAGGCGCGCUCGGGCUCAUCCCCCCUCGAGGGCCCCUCGUCCUCCCCGGAAGAGCCACCCCAGUCGCACCGCGGCGGCCCCCAGAGGUGGAGGAAAUAGGCAGGGAGAGGUGUACCCUGACCCCUGACUCCCCUCACCUAAGGAACCCCCUAAAUCCCACCCCUAAUCUACCUCACACUCGUGAAAAAAAUGGGAGGUCUAUUUUUUGGGGGACCAGCGAAGCUAUGGCAACAAUUGCCAGGGUACGGUUGUGUGUGAAUGUGUGUGACUGAUUGACUGGCUGUCGUCCAGUGGCAGCUAUGGCAAACAUUGCUGGGCAUACGGACUCGUGAAUGACUGUGUGUCUGUGUGUGACUUCUCAAUCAGUGCAGCUCAAGAGACGAAAUGGUCUAAAAGAGAAACAAGGUUGACUGUGAAUCUGGGUUGGAUGACUGGUGUCAUCCGUAACACUUUGAGUGGUAGUUUCUGAAUAGGACUCGGUUUCCUUUUAGAUUUUGGUCCACCUGUUUCAUAUUCAUAUUAUAUCAUUAUUCUAAACGUCAUGAUGCCUCUUUUUUGGCAUUAAGACUUUAAAAAAAGGCCUUGAUGUAGGCCAGUGUUUACUAAUCCUGCAUAUUUUUGUUUUUCCCCUAGCACUAACACACUUAAAUUAAACUCAUCGCCAAGUCUUUGAUUAUUUACAAUCAGGUGUGUUAGUGAUAAGGCAAAAACUAAAGACAUCAUUGCAACCAGGUUUCUGCUGGGAAAAGUAGCCUAACUGUCACUCCUGAACCACAGAAGAUGAGCUUUUCUAGUUCAGUGGUACUAACAAUUGACUGCAGAGUGCUAGUGGGGGAAUGGUAUCGAAUCCAGGCAUGUGUGCAUUCUUGCUUGUCUGUGAGAGACGUUGUUCCUUUCCUAAAACAUAACAAUGGCAGACGAGAAGUUUGAUCCAGGCUUUGAGAUUGGGGCCAACCUCUAGUCGACUUGAUAUUAACAAUUCUGUUUCAUGUAAUCCUAGAUAGAUAUGCCUUAGAUAAGGUGUUGUAGCACUCGAGACAUUGCCUGGCUACCCAGACUCCUUGCUCCGGCCAAACGCUAAGCCACGCUUACAGACGUUAGUUU